AUGGUAUACCAUCAUGAGAUGAUGAUGAAUAUAAUUCAUAUGUAUACAUAUGAAUUAUAUUCAUCAUCUCAUGAUCAUCAACAGCGAAAUCAAACAACUCGAUUACCAUCACCAAUUCGUGAAAAUAUUAUUAGAACGUCAGACAACGGCUUAGUAACAUCUCAAAUUAAUAAAGUUAUGAAAGCGUUACAUCCAGGUUUGUCUAUUGAUACAAAAGUUAUGAAUGUUUCUCGUGUUCACCGUCAAAAAGAUCGUUCAAGUAUUAAAUUCAUUCAAGAUUUACAACAAUGGUGUUCAUUACGUCAAAAUGUACCACAACCAAAUAAGCAACACGACAUAUUUAUACCUUAUUAUGUGGCUAAUGAUGUGAAUGAUUUAUGUGUUUAA